UAGUAUUUUUUAUUAUAUUAUAUAUAGAAAGUGAGGAAUAUUAUAUUUCGUUUCCAAAAAAUGAGUCAUAGCAAAAAACCUUUUUUACAACUAGUGAUAAAAUGUGCGCAACUAAAUUAUUAUGAAAAUUUGGAAUGUCCUUUGAAGAUUCAUAAUAUGGUAAUUAGUCAUUUAUGGUGCACAAAAUCAUUAUUUAUUUUUAGUAUCUAAUUGCAAUUUGGGUUAAAACUUGAAACAAAAUCAUUGAUUGGUAAUUUGGGAUAACCUUUCUUUUUUGAAAUUAUUACCUUUUUUUUUUAACAUUUAUAAUCUUCUAAAUAUUAUAUAAUUAAUAUUUUAUAAUCCAUACACAUUGCUUCUAUUCAAAAUCACAUAAAUUGCGAGUUUCACCGACUAACCCUGAACAACAAAAAACAACAAAUUGUCCCUCAUGGUCAUGGGAGCUUUUUCUAUAUCUGUUGCAUUACUACUACUUUCUCUUUUGCACCAUGUACACAGCGAGCAUUCUUACAAGGUGGGACAAGCUGUAGAGAGUGGCUGUGACCUUUACCAAGGGAAUUGGGUUUUCGAUACAUCAUACCCUCUUUACAAUGCAUCAAGCUGCACAUUCAUUGAGAAGCAAUUCGAUUGCCAAAAGAAUGGUCGUCCAGACACAGAUUAUCUCAAAUAUAGAUGGCAACCCACUGGCUGCAACUUACCAAGAUUCAAUGGUGGAGAUUUGUUGUCAAGACUUAGAGGGAAAAGCCUAAUGUUUGUGGGUGACUCGUUGAGUUUGAACCAAUGGCAAUCGCUCACUUGCAUGCUUCAUACAGCUGUACCGACGGCUAACUACACCUUAACCAGGACUGGGGCCGUCUCGACAUUCACGUUCACGGAGUACGAUGUUAAAGUGUUGUUCUACCGCAAUGCAUUCCUUGUUGACAUUACAAACACAAGUGAGGAGCGUGUUCUUAACCUAGACACGAUUGCAGGCGCACAAGUAUGGAAUGGAAUCGACGUAACAAUUUUCAAUACAUGGCAUUGGUGGACUCACACGGGAAGUGAACAACCAUGGGAUUUUAUUCAAACGGGGGGAAAGAUUUACAAGGAUAUGAAUCGCUUGAUUGCAUUCGAGAUAGCCUUGAAAACAUGGGCUAAAUCGAUAGACUACAGUGUCGACCCCACAAAAACUAAGGUCUUCUUCCAAGGUGUUUCUCCAGAUCAUUCAAAUGGAAGUUUCUGGGGGGAACCCAGUGCAAAUCAAUGCGUGGGGCAAGCACAACCAGUGCUUGGCCAAAAUUAUCCAGGAGGUCCAGAGCCAGCAGAGCUGGUGGUAGAGAAAGUGCUCGGCACCAUUUCGAAGCCGGUCUACUUGCUCAAUGUUACAACCCUAUCGCAACUUAGAAAAGAUGGGCAUCCAUCAUUUUAUGGAAUUUUUGGACACAGGUUCAUGGAUUGCAGCCAUUGGUGCCUAGCCGGUGUACCUGAUACUUGGAAUGAACUCUUGUAUGCAGCUCUCAUUCAGAACUAGAAUGACAUAUUAUUUUCCUCCAUAAAUUAUAAGCGUCCUUUAGAAAAAUAAAUUCAAUUCAAACCGAAAAGGAAUCAGUAAAAGUUUAAAUGGUGCCUAUAUACGACAGAAU